AUGGCCUCAUCAACAAGUAACCUUAAAAUUAGAUGGAAGUUAGCUCAAGGGCCAAGAUACAAUCCCAUGGCCAUCAAAAGAAAACAAGGUUCCGCUAAUGCUGAAAACCUAAAAACCAGCUCAUCUCCGUCUGUUUUUUUGUUUUAUGUUAGGGACGUAAAAGCCAGAAGAAUAGACGAGGAAGACCUAGCCGACAGACUCAGUGAGUUGCCGGACCAUGUUAUUUUGCACAUCAUGUCUUUUCUUCCGAUUAAAGAAGCAGUUCGAACAUGCCUUCUGUCAACCAGAUGGAAGGAUCUUUUUACUUCCAUAUCCAAUAUUGAGCUUGAUGGAGUUCUAAGGAAUAAGGCUUUACGUAAUAGAUUCAUGAAAUUUUCGGAUGGAUUUCUGUCCUUGCGUAAGGAUAUCAGCGUGGAUAGAUUUCGCCUCUGCUGUGGACCCGGAAUUGAUCAUCGCAAGAUCAAUGAAUGGAUACUGUACGCAGUAAGGCAUGGCGUUAGAGAACUUGACUUGAUCUUUCAAAGUAGGUCCUUCGAAACAAGACACUUCACUGAGCUGGAAUUCACGGUUUUCACUUGUAAAACACUGCUCACAUUGAGAUUAUUCAACCUUCCAAGUCUCGUCCUGACUAUUCCCACCCAUUGUUGUCUACCGAAACUCAAAGUUCUCCAUCUUACUUUUCUGAAGUUCUCUGAUGAUGAAUCCAUUAGAAGGCUACUUUCCAGCUGCAAUUCGCUGGAGGAAUUGCUUGUUCAAUCAUGUGAACUCAGCAACCUAAACAAACUCAGUGUUUGCCAUCCUACACUGAAGAGGCUAACCAUAAAUGGUGGUCAUAUUGACCCUAUUUGUGAACUGGAGAUUAACACCCCGAAUCUGGUCUGCUUUGAUUUCGGCUACUUCUACUGUGAAGAAACAAGGCUCUCACUCAUAAACCUAAACUCUCUUUCAGAAGCACGCAUUUGGAUUGGAUUUAUAGCUAAGAUGUUUUCAAACUUCUGCAAUGACACUGCUUCGGCAUUUGAUUUGAUGAGAGCACUCAGUUGUGUUCAAUCAUUUCAUUUAACCGGUAUUUGCUUAGAAGUACAAAAAAAAUCCUUCUGGAUUUCAUCUUCUAGUAAAAAAAGAAAUAACAGUGACUAAGUGACUUUAACUAUAACCGACCUUCCUUUUUCAGAUUCAAGCUAUGCUACAGAGCCCCAGUCUGAUUCCCGAAUUUCCAAACUUGACUUCUUUGAAGAUGGGUGCCUGCUAUGCUGGAUGGGAAAACAUGCUUGUUAGAUGUCCAUGUCUUGAAACCCUUGCUUUUGAAUUGGAGGACUUUGGUCCCGUAGAUUGGCAUACACCGAAGAAAGAUCCCUCUUGUUUACAGCAUCAUAUCAAGGCAAUCAAGAUUUUUGCAUUGAAAAGAAAGCAUGUAGAGUUUCAAUUGAUCGGGUAUCUUUUGAAGAAGGCAGGGGUUUUAGAGAGUUUGACGGUAGAGAUCAAAAGCGUGACAAAGAGAGAGCAGAGAAUGAUGAGUAAAAAUAUAUGUGCACUGCCAAAAGCUUCAAAGAAAUGCCAUAUACUUAUUAUCUAAGUUGACAUAGUAACUAUACUUGUUGAUUAAUAUCUUUAAAUUUCAACUGUAUUGUAGAAAAGGCUGCUAUUAGAGUUCACUGAUGUUGCCUGCUCAUUGGCAAAUGUAUACGAAAUUUC